AUGAAUCGUCCAGCCUUUCUUUCCACCCUUCCCUUUCUUUACGAACUUUCUUCCAGUAACUGGCCACCACUCAUAUCGGAAGACAUGGGAAAGACUCGGCGGCAAAUUCUGUUUCGGGAUCAUUACCUCUCCCUCGAACCCUUGACGCUUGAUUCGGAAGGAACCUUGGGACCAGCCUACUUUGUUGCUUUAGCCCAGAAUAAUAAUGAAUUGUUUGAUGCGGCCAUGUGCAAGGUGGAAAUGGUCCUCUUUACCACACCCAAAAAGACGCCCUUUCAAGUGCCACGCAACACGCCCGCCAAAAGUCCAGGAAGGGCUCUGGAAAUGGAAUUCAAAGAAUCCAUUGCUUUCCUGUUGAUUGAUGAUCGAAUUUAUCAAAUGGAUUUGGGAAAAAUUAAAAAUGUGGAAUUGAAAGCAUUGGAGGCUGCUGGAAGAAACAAUAAGAACCAACCUCCCUGCUUGUUGAUGCACUACCCCCAUUGUGCCUUUCGCAUUUUUUCACUCGUGGGAAAUGACACAGACCAGUACGCAAUUCUCAAUACGGGCAAGAAUGAAAUUCUCAGUGUCAUCAAUGGGGACAUGUAUUGUCCCUUUCCUACCAAGGAUUCGGAUCUGACUAGUGCUAUUAGUCCCAUGCUAGUGGGAACAAGCAGUACUACUACCAAUUCGGAACCGGGACAACAGGAACUAGCCUUGCAACACGAAACAGCUCGGCCUUCCAGUGAGGAUACUACAAAUAGUCGAAAAAACAGUGGUAGUAAAGCAUCAUCCGAGAUGGCGGUAGUGGAUACGACCGUGGAACAAUGCAACGCCAAGACGAAAAAAUGCCGGGCAUGCUUGACUACCGCACGAGAAGAUCUUCAAUCUCUGCGCCGGCUACUCAAGUCACCACCACCGCCACCACCACCACCACAAUCUUCUGAUACUAGUAGUAGCACUCAAUCUAUGCAAGAAAUACGAACAACUGCGUCCAGUCUCUUGACAUCAGUGGCAGAAAAUGUGGGAGCUAGCUUUGGUUGUACCCAAGACGAAGUGGUGACUGCGGCACGGGGCUUGGAUCAGGAAAUGGACUCCUACCAAAGUCAAUUGGACACUUUGCUAAAGACCAUUUGGCCUGCCAACAAGCGUCCCAAAAAGAGGGCUCGUGGUCAUGCAGGUAAAAAGAGAAAUGUUCCUCCAUUGCCACAAGACGUCCAAGAUGCUUCCAUUGAUCACGUGGAAAUGCUUUUGGCCAAACACAAACAAGCACUUCGAUCCAAGUAUGCAUUGGCCAUGUUGCCAACCAGAGGAUAG